CAGCGUAGAUGUGCUGCUUCCACCGCUGAGUGUCACACAUGUGGAGGCAGGGACGGAGGCAGCAGCGGGGGGCGGGGCCAAGCCACAUCUGGAUGAAAAACAUCUGGACUUUCUCUCCGUCUCUAUACAUGAGAGGCUCCGGGGCUGAGGACCGACGCACCGACACAACGACCGACCGAGUCCGUCCGUCCGCCUGCGCGUCCCUCCGGCUGACUUCGCCCCACAUGAUGGUUCGGUGCUGCUCGGUCUGGACCGGGACCCUCGUCCUCCUGACGGCCGGUCUUCCUGUUUUCGUCCAGUCUUUCAGCCACAUGAGCUUCAACCUGUGCAAGUGGUGUGAGGUGUCCAGUCCCAUGUGCAAAGACAGCGUCUGCUCGAGUAACUGCAACCUGUCCUCCUUCUGCAACGUCAUCGAGGAGAUCUGCAUCGCCAUAUGGAGGAAAACCAACAACACGAUGACGGUGCACACGAUGUGUCACAAUCCCUCUCUGCCGCUGGACGACGUGGACCCCGGUCUGCUGCUGAACUUCACCUCCAGGGAGUGUCACAUGGUCCCACAGCCGGCCGAGGACGGAGCCAUGAUGGUCUGUGGCUGCCGCGGUGAACACGAAUGUAACGACAAACUCAUCUUCGACAAGGGAGCCAACGGUUUCUCCAGGCUGCAGAGUAAAGAUGUGAUUCCAGUGGUGGUGGUCAGUUUGGUGCCUCCUGUCCUGGUGGCCAUAGUCGCCACUGCCGCUUUCUACUUCUACCGCGUACGCCGUCCGGACAAACCGGGCCCUCCUGCACGCCCUGACUGGCCCACCAAACGUACCCCGGAGCUCUACCAGGCUUUAGACCUGCCAUGUGGGGGGCCGGGUGGUCAGGGGGAGGGUGGAAGAGGAGGAGGUGUGACAGCCUCUGGUACUGAUCAGGAGGAGUCUAACGCCAAGGUGGCAUCUCUAAACAAUGACACCAUCAGCAGUAUGACCGACUGGCAGGGCCUGCUCCCUAUCAAGCUGGACGUGCUGGUGGGGAAGGGGCGUUUUGCUGAAGUGUGGAGGGGGUGCCUGCUGCAGGGCGAGAGCGGUGGAGUCAGCAGCUACGAAACGGUAGCGGUGAAGGUCUUUCCGGCCGUGGAGUACGCCUCGUGGAGAAACGAAUGCUCCAUCUUCUCUGACCCGGAGCUGCAGCAUGAAAAUGUGGUCAGAUUCCUGGCAGCAGAGGAAAGGGGGAGGCCGGGCCACGCCCUCCGGACCUAUUGGCUCGUCUUGGCCUAUCACAGCCUGGGAAACCUGCAGGACUUCCUCACAGCCAACAUACUCAGCUGGGAGGAACUUGUUGCAAUGGCAGGCAGCAUAGCUAAAGGAUUAGCGCACCUCCACAGUGACACAACGCCCAGCGGGGUCCCAAAGGUGCCUGUUGCCCAUCGGGACCUAAAGAGCAGCAACAUCGUCGUAAAGAGCAGAAAGGAGUGUGCACUGUGCGACUUUGGUCUGGCUUUAAGACUGGACCUGUCCCUCACAGUUGAUGACUACGCCAACAGUGGGCAGGUGGGGACAGCUCGGUACAUGGCUCCUGAGGUGCUUGAGUCCAGGGUGAACCUGGAGGACCUCGAGGCCUUUAAACAGAUGGAUGUUUACUCCAUGGCUCUGGUUCUGUGGGAGAUGGCCUCCCGGUGCCACGCCAUCGGAGAGGUGAAGAGCUACGAGCCGGCGUUUGGCUCCAAGGUUUGUGAGCAGCCCUGUGUGGACAGCAUGAGGGACCUGGUGCUGAGGGACCGAGGACGGCCGGACAUCCCCCCAACGUGGACGCAGCACCAGGGGAUGAGCAUCUUCUGCUCCACCAUCACUGAGUGCUGGGAUCACGACCCAGAAGCCAGACUGACGGCUCACUGUGUGGUGGAGCGCUUCAACGCUCUGCAACGGGGGGAGGAGCAGGAGGAGGAGGAGGAGGAGGAGGAAGAGGAGGAGGGGGAGGCAGGUACACAGGAGUGAUAAGACGAAGAGGAACUGAUGCCAAAAAGGCGAUGGAGAGAAAAAAAAAGACUCUCAGGUGUUUUAGUCUUCCUCGUCCUCUGUCUUCCUCAGGCUCAGCGAUAGAUCCAUAAAUCCCUCCACAGUUCAACCUGAUGAUGACAGCGUUAAGACAAACAGUCACAGAUAAAGGGACUAAAACUGGACAAAUAAUAAACUAUAGUUACAGGUAAUGCACUUCAUAAAAUCCAUAAUGAAGUAUUUGCAUCAGUGGCUUCAGAGACAUUUAAGGUAAAAACAUUUGUAGAUAUCAACGAUUAUGUCAGAAUGAACAAACUCAUGACUCUAAUGUGAAGAUACUCGUUGGUCCACGCUGAAACAUCUGGAUGAACAUGACACAGUCCGCAGCUAUUCAUGGUCCCCGUUGGGUAAACGUGGGUUUGAAUCAUGUUAUUAUAUGAGCUGUUAGCCACACGUCCGUGCCCCUGGUGCUUCUGAGAUUUUUCAUGAAAACUACCUGCUACACAUUUUUUAUGAGACCACAAAUCAACAGGACUGCAGUCUGUCGUGAUUUGGGAAAUCCUGGAAUUUUUUUCGCCGAAGACGAGAGAGGACGGAUACAAACCGAACACUGACUUUGUGCCUUAAAACGAUCGACUCACAAACUGAGAGUGAGCAGAGAGGGAGGUGAAAGGUCAGAGAUCUGCUGGCAGAGACGCACGCUCAGACAGUUUGUUGUGUGAUAACGGUUCAUUUCGUUGGAGCUGGUCUCCAUUUUAUCGUGGUAUUAUUCUUUAAUAGUGACUGUGAUUAUCGUAACUCUAACCUGUGUGCAUAAAUAAACAGGAUAAAGGGCUCUCUCCUGCCUUGUGGAUGACACUUACGCCUCAUUAAAAAGCAAUAAAUUGAACUGCAUUAAAUGUGCAAGUAUUGAUUUUGCGUAAUCUUUGGCUCUGUCAUAUUAUUUGAAAUGUGUUAAAUUAGUGAAGGAUCCAGCAACCAAAGAAAAAAGUUUCCAUCCAGAAACAUAAAUAGAGAAAACCACUAAAGGAUGGAAAACACAGUAUGUUCAGCCUGUGUUGUUCAUUUUGACAAUAAAGUUUGUUUUUGUACAUGA